UCCACAAUAUGCUGACAUUAAGAGAUCGUCAAAUAAAUGCUAUUAAGCAAAUGCUUAAUUUAAAUGCCCAACAGCCUAAAGUUUUGGCUGCCGAACCGGUAUGGAAAAUCCUCAUAUACGAUCGUGUUGGUCAAGAUAUUAUUUCACCCAUUAUUUCAAUUAAAGAACUAAGGGAAUUGGGCGUAACGCUGCAUGUACAAUUACAUUCUGAUCGUGAUUCCAUACCCGAUGUACCGGCCAUCUAUUUCUGUAUGCCGACAGAAGAGAAUUUAGAUCGUAUACAACAAGAUUUUCAAAAUGGUCUUUACGAUAUUUAUCAUUUGAAUUUCUUGGCACCAAUAUCCCGACAGAAAAUCGAAGAUUUAGCAGCGAGUGCAUUACAGGCCGGCUGUGUUGCCAAUAUACAUCGAGUAUAUGAUCAAUAUGUAAAUUUCAUCAGUCUCGAAGAUGAUUUCUUUAUAUUGAAACAUCAAAAAUCGGAUCAGCUAUCAUAUUAUUCCAUAAAUCGUGCCAAUACACGUGAUGAUGAAAUGGAGGCGCUCAUGGAUUCAAUUGUCGAUUCACUUUUUGCUGUUUUUGUAACACUGGGCAAUGUACCGAUAAUACGUUGUCCCCGUAAUACGGCAGCUGAAAUGGUUGCCCGAAAAUUGGAAAAGAAAUUGCGUGAAAAUCUCUGGGAUGCCCGUUCAAAUCUUUUCCACAUGGAUGCCACACAGGCUGGCGGUGGGGUGUUUAGUUUUCAACGACCUGUUUUGCUGUUACUCGAUCGUAAUAUGGAUCUUGCAACACCGCUGCAUCAUACAUGGUCAUAUCAGGCUUUGGUACAUGAUGUGCUGGAGUUGGGUUUGAAUUUGGUCUACGUUGAAGAUGAUCAACCGGCUGCUGGCACCCGCAAAAAACCCAAACCCUGUGAUUUAGAUCGCAACGAUCGUUUCUGGGCAAAUCACAAAGGCAGCCCCUUCCCCACUGUAGCCGAGGCAAUACAAGAAGAACUCGAAUCCUAUCGCAGUUCUGAGGAGGAAAUCAAACGUCUGAAAACAUCAAUGGGUAUUGAUGGCGAAGCCGAAGUGGCAUUCUCAAUGGUCAAUGAUGCGACAGCACGUCUCACCAAUGCUGUCAAUUCAUUGCCACAAUUAAUGGAGAAGAAACGUCUUAUCGAUAUGCAUACAAAAAUUGCAACAGCAAUUUUGAAUUGCAUUAAAUCACGACGUUUGGAUUCGUUCUUCGAACUGGAAGAGAAAAUAAUGUCAAAGCAAACUUUAGAUAAACCAUUGAUGGAUCUAUUGAAAGAUCCGGAAUUUGGUACACCUGAAGAUAAAUUGCGUUUGUUCAUUAUCUAUUAUAUAUGUUCGCAAAAUGUUCCUGAGUUUGAGAUCGAACGCCUGAAGGAAGUCUUGCAGGAGAAUGGUUGUGAUUUGUCAUCGCUGUCGUAUAUACAACGCUGGAAGGCGAUUAUGAAUCGUACACCAAGUUUAAAUCAGACGGCUCAAUAUGAAGGUGGUGGUACGAAAACCGUGUCGAUGUUCUCCAAAUUGGUGUCACAAGGUUCAUCGUUUGUCAUGGAGGGUGUUAAGAAUUUGGUCGUGAAAAAACAUAAUCUUCCUGUAACAAAGAUCACCGAACAGGUUAUGGAAUGCCGUAGCAAUCCCGAAACCGAUGAUUUUCUCUAUUUGGAUCCGAAACUCUUAAAGGGCGGUGAUGUUAUGCCCAAAAAUCGUGCCCCCUUCCAGGAUGCUGUUGUUUUUGUUGUGGGCGGUGGUAAUUAUAUUGAAUACCAAAAUCUAGUGGAUUUUAUACGACAAAAACAAACAGCCAAUGUUAGUAAACGUAUUGUCUACGGCUCAUCGACACUAACAAAUGCCCAACAAUUUUUAAAGGAACUCUCCGCUUUGGGUCGUGAAAUUCAGGGUCCAGUUUUAAGUUAGGAUCAUCAUGUCACCGCUAUGGAUAUAUUUCAUUUUAAAUGCUGUUGAACAGUGAG